AUGAAGCAAUGGGGGCGUGUUGUCGAUGAUCAUUCCGGCGAGGUGGAGGUGCUGGAAGACGUGAUGGAGGAGGAGCAGGAUGAACUGAUCCCCAACCCGUUCUACCCGGCCCGCGUGGUCACCCCUCCCGAUGUGACCGUCGAGAUGGAGGAGGAGGCCGUGCUGGCCGCUGAAGCAGAGGAGGCCGAUGAGGAGGUAGUACCUGCUAAGUCAGACUCGAGCGAGUCCGACGAUGGAAACGCGAAUGAAGCUAACGAGUGGAGCGACGAAGGGGAUGAAUGGUGGGCCCCUGGUCGCUAUGAGGGUGCUGAGGAAGAGGAGUGGGUGGCGGGUGACGAAGAUGAGUAG